AUGAGUGAAAUCAAAGCAAAGAGACAACCUUCAAGAAAGGGAAAGAAAGCGUGGAGGAAAAACGUGGAUAUCCAAGAUAUAGAGUCCAAGCUUCAAGAUAUUCGAGAUGAGGAGAUCGUCAAGGGUAAAUCGCAUCACGGAAAAGAAGGAGAAGAAGGAGAAGAAGAAGAGCAAGACUUUGUAAUAGAUACAACGCCAUCCGCCAAACAUGUCGAGCUGACGAAGGCGCCGAAAAAGCUCAAGACUCAUGAAAUCCUAACCAACAAGUCCAAAGUUGAGCCGCUCGUGAACAAGCGAGCCACCAAAUCGUCUGGUUCUAAAGUUCAAGGAGUCAAAAAGACUGAAAUGUUGAGGUUGCUCAAGAUGCGUGGUGGGAAAUACCGCGAUGAGAAUAUUGCUUUGAAUCGCGCUGGAGAAGAUGGGUUGAUCAACGGCGAUGAAGAAGAUCUCUGGGGUAAUGAUCUGGAUGAUGAUGAUGAUGGUGAUGCACUGCUGAAAAAGAAAACUGGCAAAUUCCCUCACUACAACACAUCGACUGCCGAAGUAACGAAAGCUACCACCGUUCCAAAGACAUUACGUGAAAAACCCAUUCAAAUCAACAAGAAUGACCUCACCGACAAAUUUGUUCACGCGGGUAAAUCAUAUAAUCCGUCAUUGGAAUCAUGGAAAGACUUGAUUGAUCAAGAAUAUGAUAUUGAACAUAAACGUGAGUUGAAUAGACAAGCUAUGGAGGAACACCGUGCCAGAGUCCGGGAGUUGAUGGUUACCCUAAAAGACGAUUUCUUGUCCGAUGAUGAGAAUGACGAAGAAGAGGAAGAAGAAGAAGAAGAAAUGAAAACCAAGCAGGAUAGCGAGACAGUGGCUGAAACCGAGUAUUCAUUGUCGAUAAAUAAACCCAACAAGAUCAAAAUCAAGACCAAGUCCAAGAGAAACAAGGAGGCCAAGCACAAGAAACGUGUGCAGCUAGAACAAGAAAUCAAAAACUUGAAGAAACAAUUGCACGAUUUGGCCAACUUGGAUGAGCUUUUGGCCAAGCAACAAGAGCAGCAAGACGGCGAAGAACCACCAGCAAAGAAACAACGCAGUGCCAAGCGAAACAAGCUUUUCAAAUACACUCCAAUUCAAACCCCACUAGAAGUGAAACUCUCCGACGAGUUAACCAGUUCGUUGAAAAACUUGAAGCCUGAGGGUAAUCUCUUUUACGACCAAAUGUUGAAUUUACAAUCUAGCGGUAAGAUUGAGCUGAGAGUGCCCGUGAAUAAAAAGAGGAAAUAUCCAAAGAAAGUAACCGAGAAAUGGACAUACAAAGAUUUCAAAUAA